CUGGCUCAAUACCGUUGGGAUCGAAUCGAUCACGACACUAGAAGACAAUCCAACCCUAGGUAAGAGACUGACGUCCACAACCUAUCGUUGUCUAUACUCAUCCAUCAGGGCUUUCCAUAUGGGAGCAGAUUCUUAACGACGCGAUGCUAGCUGGCUCACCAGACUUUCCUGACCCAGAGACUGUCACCUCACGGAUAGCACCAGCUGAAGGCGCCGAGAACGAUCUGCCAUACGGGCAAGCCGUCUGGACAGCUUUGCCUAGACAUGUGCCCUCAACCUGUGCCCUCGAUAGCGCAAUCCUAAACCUGAUCAACAUUCGCCGCUCUCACGAAGCGACCGGUGGCAAUAUCCAAGAGUUCCAAAAAGCUAUCUUUCCCAGUGUGCAGAGCCUGCUCAAUCCCCCUGGCGAUGCUGUGAAAGCCCCCCUCGCCAAUUCCAUCGUCCGUGACAUCGUGUCCGCGCUUGCUGUUCGUACAAUUCCCGAGCAAGUUGCCAUAUUAUACAUAAUGGGUGUUUCUAUUCGGUGGCAAAUCUCGCCGACCCAAUACAACUAUGACGCUAUGCCCGAGUGGCUGCGUCCUACACCGUCGCAAAUCUUCAAUCGACACGCUGCCUGGUUAGACACUUUGGCAUGGCCUUCUGCGAGAGAACGGUUAUGCCGGGCCGACAAAUGGGAGGGUAAAGAUGUUCUUGUGCGGCGUAUCUGCGAGAAAACGUUUUCGGUCAACUGGCCCUACGAAGCCGCGGAUAUCUUCUUGCAUGACAAGACUGAACCAAGUUUGAACCCGGUCUUCGAGCAACAUAUACGAAAUGGAAAGAAUUGGACCCUAGGAAGAGAAAUUAAAGAUAUCCUGAUUUAAUCGACGCCGUUAAUAUCGGUCCUUGCAGAGCUUAGCAAGAUGCCACCAUGUGUUUCAACAAACGAGCUUCCAUAGGUUCGGGGAGAAUCAGU